ACUCUUCACUGCUACAUUUGCUCACUGUAUCUUUGUUUACAUUCCCUGCUCAAUCGCACCAAAGACACUGAGAUGAGUCCACUUCAUUCCCACAUGGAAACAGACAUUUUAUACAAUACCAGUAAUUAAUAAAGCCUUUUUUAUUACAGCAAGUGGAUGGGGAGGGUUAUAUCAAGAUGGACCAAACAAUGCGAGAUAAGCUCUCACAACUGGUUGAGGAGUUGACAACCUCUGGAGAACCACAGUUGAAUCAAGACAAAAUGAAGGAAGUGAAGAAAAUGUGCAAAGUUUCCAAUGACUACAUUGAUCAUUUCUACCACUUGAUUAUGACCCAGCUGAACCAAGAGCACGCAGAGAUCCGGCUCUCUGCCUUCCAGAUGCUCAGUGAGAUCUUCAGCCGGUCGCAUCACUUCAGAGGUCUUCUCAUCACAAACUUCCAGGAGUUUCUGGAGCUCACAGUCGAGACCGACGCCGAGCAGCCGCUGCCUCCACCCAAAGAGGUGGCCAGAAAACUCAGGACACUCGCCAUCCAGACGGUGCAGUCAUGGCACGCCACGUAUGGAGAGGCGUAUAAGAAACUCUCUCUGGGAUAUCACUUUCUUAAGCAGAUUAAAAAGGUAGAUUUUCAUGACGUUGAAGCAAGAACACUGGCUGAGAGAAAGAGACAAGAGGAGAAACAGAAGAGAUUGGAAAGAAUUUACAAAGAGAGGCUUGAAAAGGCCAAAGAGGAGAUGGAAGAAAUGACGACUGGGAUUGAGGAAACCUUGACUGAGAUGAACAACUGCAUAAAACUGCUUGCAACCGAUGACUUGAACCUGUUUAACGAGGAAGCAGAAGUCGCUAACAGCUCUGCGGGAGCCGAGGACAAAUCUGACCAGCCCUGCUGCAGUAAAGACCUGAGCAAUGAGCAGAACGCAAAGAUGUCAGAGAAGAGGAGCGAUGAAGGGCACACAGACGAGUCUAGUGACGAGAGUGACACGGGGGAAGUUCCUGAUGUGAAUGUGUUUCUCCGCAGCUCUGGUUUAAUGUCUUACAAAUAUCAGCUGGAGCUCAAUGUGUCCACAGAUUUACAAGUGAGAGAGACGGAAGAGAACGAGGCGUUGGUAAACACAGUGAGGGAUCUUCAUAGACUCGUCACCACCAGACACCUGCCUCUGGUGCAGUCCUGGAUCCAGGUCUUUACAAAAGUAGGCGUUGAGGAAGAACUGAUGAGGAGAGCCACCGAGUUGAAGAAAUCUCUGGAGCUCGCCUUGAGGAAACAUGAGGAUCUUCAUAUAGACUACAAGAACAGAGAGAGAAGAGUGAUGAGAGCUCCUGAGGAUGGAGAGGACAGCGAGGAGGAUUUUGUGGACGUGCCGGAGAAGGAGGGCUAUGAACCUCAUAUCCCUGAACAUCUGCGGGCCGAGUACGGACUUGAUGAAACUCCCUCGACAUCGGCCUCUGAGGUCAAAGCAAAGCCGGCGAAACCUCCGGUCAGACGCCCCGUUCCCCUCGUGUCCGCCAGCCUCUCUCGACUCCAGAGGAAGAGGAGUGAUGAAGAGCAGGACCCCACCUGUGCCGCCGCCACGCUGCGUGUGCUCCGACAGAGGCUCGGUCCUGCCCCGUCCACCAGUGUGUUGUGGUGUUUCAGUGAGCCCGUGGUGAGCAGUGGCCAGGAGGCCGUGAGCGGAGCAGCGCCGGUCGUCCCGUUCGGAGUGGAUCUGUACUACUGGGGAGAGGAGCAGCCCACCGCCGGGAAAAUCAUCAAGAACACAUCGCAGCACCAGUUCUGGGUUCCUCACGAGGUGGAGGAAGAAGUGGAAAACAAGGAGCUUUCUGCAGAGAUGAAGUCCAGAUACAUCACAUUCGCUGGGAAAUUCAAACCAGUGGAGCACAAGUGCAAAGCGCCGAUGCCAGACGGGUCUUUGUGUGAACGCCAGGAUAGAGUAAAGUGCCCGUUCCAUGGACGCGUCAUCCCUCGGGAUGAGCUGGGAAGGCCUGUUCACCCGGAAGAUGCUCUGCGGCUGGAGAAGGAGAAGUGGAAACGCCAGGAGCAGCAGCCAGACUGGAGAGACCCGGAGCUCAUGAGGGACAUCGAGGCGGCGACCGGAGAAGAUCUGGGAUCGUCCAGGGCUUACGGGAAGGGGAAGAAGGGCCGAGGGAAGGGGAAGAGGAAGAGGAAGUUCCCGAACCUCACUGACCUGAAGCAGAAGGCCAACACCUCUCGCUCCAGACUGGAGAAGAAGGUCUUCAACAAGAGCUCCAUGAGGCGCGUGACGGACGUCAUGAACAAGAUGGACAAGAGGAAACAUGACAAGUUUGCCAAUCAGUUUAACUACGCCCUGAACUGA